AUGCGUUAUGUUCUUAUGGUUAUGGUUAUUCUUGGUCUUGUUGGGAACAUUUUCAAUAUACUUGUUUUUCAUCAACCUAAACUUCGUUCAAAUCCAUGUUCAUUUUAUCUAAUUACUUCUGCUUAUGUUAAUAUUGUUUGGAUAAUGACAAGUCCAUUAUCACGUAUGCUUGCUACAUUUCAACUCGAUUUAUCAGAAAAUAUUAGUAUUCUUUGUAAAAUACGUCGAUCUGUUGCUUACUCAUUUUCAAGUUUAUCAAUGAUUUCUAUUGCUUUUGCAACAGUCGACAGAUUUCUUGUUAGUAGUUCAAAAAUAGAAUAUCGUCGAUUAAGUUCAUUACGUAAUGCUCAUCGUUUAAUAAUAAUAACUGCCUUUAUUUAUUGUCUUAUAUUUGCCGAUAUGUUUUAUUGUCUUGAUAUAGUUGGUGUACCUCCAUCAAUAACAUGUACAAUUAAUACAACACGUAUGUGUGGUCUUUAUAAUGAGAUAGCUCGUUUAAUAGUACUUGUAUUCAUUCCAAGUAUGUUAAUUUUAAUUUUUGGUUAUGGAACAAUACGAAAUGUAAAGAAAAGUCGAAGAAUAAGUCGACCACAAGGAAAUACUAUUCAUCGAAUUGAUCGACAUCUUACUCAGAUGGUUAUCGGACAAAUAGUUUUAAUUAUGAUAUCAUAUAUUCCAAAUACAAUUCAACGUAUAUAUUUAGUUCUUACACUUGAUUUCGAAAAAAGUCCAUUACGUUUAAGAAUGGAAAUACUUUCUGGUGAAGUGACAUUAUUAUUGACAACAUUUCAAAGUUCAAUUUCAUUUUAUAUUUAUGCAACGACGGGUGGAGCGCUCUUUCGACAAACGUUAAAAGAAUUAUUCACGCGUGGUUUUUUUAGAUAUUGUCAUGUUAUUGAAGAUAGUCAUGCGGAAGAAAUUUUAGAACUCCGCCAAAUGAAAAAUACUGUAGAAGUGUAG